UUUCUUUGACAUUUUUCUCCUUCACAGAUUUAGGUUUUGGGUGUUUGGGGGAAGUCGCGGAGCCAAUUUGGCAAGAGAAUGACGACAUCCAAGCGACUGGCCGACAAGAAGAUCCAGAAAUUCCAGAAGAACAUCUUCAAGCGGGGCGCGGUGCCCGAAUCGAGCAUCAAAAAGGGCAACGCGUACCCAGUUGGCCCAAUUGUUCUAGGGUUCUUCAUUUUCGUGGUCAUCGGCUCAGCGUUGCUACAGAUCAUUCGGACAGCGUCCGGUGGCGGCCCAUAGAUCCAACGAUGAUCACUAGAGCCCGUUUAGGAAGAAAGUUGAAUAAGUACUAAGGACUACCAGAAUAUGCUGUAGAACCUAUUUAAUGGACGGAAAAUACUUUAGCAUAAA